GUCCCGGGCUCGGGCCCUGGGUCUCGCGUGGCGCACCCUUGCGUGGGGUGGACGGGCGCCGGGGUCGGCGCGCUGGGGCUCCCGGGGCCGGGCGGCGGCGUUUCCAGCCCAAGUUUUGAGAUGGGUUAUACCAAAAAAAAAAAAAAAAAGACAGACGAAAAGAGUAAAAGCCCUACUUUAGAUGUGAUUUUACUUUUAAAAAAGGAUUCUCACAAGAGUGGCAAGAAUGUAAACCCUAACGGGUUUGACCCUUUCAAGAGCCCGUAGGGGUGUGCACGUGAUUGGCCGCCCAGGGCAGGGAGUGGGAUGCAUUAAAUAGGGGAGAUUUAAGUGAGCGAGUCUUAUAUGGGGGCUUCUUCUGUCGCAUUCCAACCCUGUGACCUCGGGCAAGUUUUGAGCCCCAGGUUACUACAGGAAGAAAUGUCUUCUGGUAAAGGAACUCCAAAACGGGAAAUAGUUUCUGACUUUCACAAUUCGGCUGCCGAAGGAGAUGUUGCCAAGUUAACAGGAAUACUCCGUCAUUCUCCGUCUCUUCUCAAUGAAACUUCUGAAAAUGGCUGGACUGCUUUAAUGUAUGCUGCAAGGAAUGGCCACCCGGAUGUUGUCCAGUUUCUGCUUGAGCAAGGGUGUGAUAGAUCAGUUGUCAAUAAAUCAAGGCAAACCGCACUGGAUAUUGCUGUAUUUUGGGGUUAUAAGCAUAUAGCCAACUUAUUAGCUAAUGCGAAAGGUGGGAAGAAGCCUUGGUUCCUAACCAAUGAAGUGGAAGAGUGUGAAAAUUAUUUUAGCAGAACACUACUGGAUCGGAAAAGUGAGAAAAGAAAUAAUUCUGACUGGCUGCUCGCUAAAGAAAGCCAUCCGUCUACGGUUUAUAUCCUUUUCUCAGAUUUAAAUCCCUUGGUCACUCUAGGUGGCAAUAAAGAAAGUUUCCAACAACCAGAAGUCAGGCUUUGUCAGCUGAACUACACAGAUAUAAAAGAUUACUUGGCUCAGCCUGAGAAGACCACCUUGAUUUUCCUCGGAGUAGAGCUUGAAAUGAAAAAUAAUUUACAUAAUCAUGUUGGAGAAGUCCCAAGAGAAGAGGAAGAUGGGUUGGUGGCCUGGUUUGCUCUAGGUAUAGAUCCUAUUGCUGCUGAAGAAUUUAAGCAAAGACAUGAAAAUUGUUAUUUUCUUCAUCCUCCAAUGCCAGCUCUUCUACAGUUGAAAGAAAAAGAAGCUGGUGUUGUAGCUCAAGCAAGAUCUGUUCUUGCCUGGCACAGUCGGUACAAGUUCUGCCCAACCUGUGGAAGUGCAACCAAAAUUGAAGAAGGUGGAUAUAAGAGAGUGUGUUUGAAAGAAGACUGUCCUAGCCUCCAUGGCGUUCAUAAUACAUCGUACCCCAGAGUGGAUCCGGUAGUAAUCAUGCAAGUUAUUCAUCCAGAUGGGACCAAAUGUCUUUUAGGCAGGCAGAAAAGAUUUCCCCCGGGCAUGUUUACUUGUCUUGCUGGAUUUAUUGAACCUGGGGAGACAAUCGAAGACGCUGUUCGGAGAGAAGUAGAAGAGGAAAGUGGAGUCAGAGUGGGCCAUGUUCAGUAUGUCUCUUGUCAGCCAUGGCCAAUGCCCUCCUCCUUAAUGAUUGGUUGCUUAGCUGUGGCAGUGUCUACAGAAAUUAAAGUUGACAAGAAUGAAAUAGAGGAUGCCCGCUGGUUCACUAGAGAACAGGUUGUGGAUGUUCUAACCAGAGGGAAACAGCAAGCAUUUUUUGUGCCACCAAGCCGAGCCAUUGCACAUCAAUUAAUCAAACACUGGAUUGGAAUGAACCCCAAUCUCUAAAUCGAAGUAUUAGGCUUUGAGUAUUAUUUUGUUUCUAAUACCACUUUUCAACUGAGACUAGAAAUAUUUAAUGCUCUUUAGAGUGUCAUAACACAAAAUACCCUGUGGGGCUGUCAAAAUAUUUUCCUUCAUUAAUCAUAGAAUUCACAUUUUUAUAAAUUUCAACAUUGCCUCAGAUUUCGUUAAAUUUGAAUGAGAGUGAAAUUUUUGAUUGUGCAUACAGUUUUAUCUUACAAACCCUAUUUCUAGUAAGAGACAUCAUGUUGUAAAGAAAUAUAUUCUAGAAAUGUGAAUAACCCUACAUUUCAGGCCUCUUUAGGUAUUAAUGUCUGCUCACUAAGAUGCCUUAUAUGAAAAUGAAACAAAAUUUUAAUGAAUUUUGGGCUUAUACUGAUUUUUAAUCAUCUCAUUGCCAUAAAGGUUCUUUAAGUUACCAGGAUCUGAGUUUUGCUCAUCGUUCUGUUGCAGUCCCACUUACCAUUUCUUCCUGGUUCUGUCACACUAGCUAUGACAGUGUGACUCCUACUCUAAUUUGCCCAAUGCUAAGAAUUUCAUAUUUUAACAACCAGUUCUAGGAGAACUAACAUGAGAGCAUAUCACUGUGUCUGGGAUUUGUCUUAAACCUAAAAUUAAUCAGUGUGCCCAAAAUCGUUCUUAAGAUAAAUCAAGAUUCUCUGCUUUUUCACUUGAAAUUAUACAUAUUUGAAAGGAUUUAUCCUCAAAGGUUAGAUAUUAAAUAAAUCCCAGAUACAUCUACGUAUUCAGUUAAAAGCAGAUUUAUUUCAUUUUGUGAUGAGGAAUGUAUCUGUGUUAGCAAAAUAAAUUAUAUGAUCGUUCCCAUCAAAACUUAACGAUAUUUAGCUCCAAUGUCUUGAUUUUGACUUUAAUGCAUUCUAAAAAAGGCUUAAUAAAAUGAGUGCAUUUCACAGCUGAAUCAGUAAGACUCUACAGAAAGUAAGUUGUAGUACAGUAGUUCACAAUUUUACAGCACAGAAACAUGUAUUUUGCAAGACCAUUUUGAAAUUGUUUUAAAAGAUUUCAUUGCUUUUAUUUGAUAGUUAAGUAAAAGGAAAUCCUGGAAGAUACAUUUCAUCAAUUAGUGAAAAUUAUACCAAUAAUUAAUUAUAACAGCCUGUACUGUUUAAGCCAGGGCAAGAGUCUCCCUCUAAUAGGAAUAAGAUUUAAUCAAAAAUAUAUGUGGAAUAGAUUAAGAAAAGGGAUGAAAAUAAAUUUAACUUGCUGAAUGUUAAUAAAUCUUUAGGUAUAAUAUUUAAUAUUUACCUUAAAAAGAUAAUUUUGUUGGAUGAAACGUUUACUAAUGAACAGUUUUUCAUAGUUAAUGGAGGCUUACUGAUACCAGAACUUUAAACCAAAUUAAGAUGCAGAACAUUUAUAGAUGUGAUAUAAUAGUGACUGCAUAGUUACAUGGAAAAUAAGGUGCCUUGGUUAUUAUGAAAUACAAUGACUUAAGAUUCAGUUUUACUCCAGAUGUACAUUUAAUACCUGCAGAUUCUAAUAUUACACUCUAAAAUUCCGGGUCUAACUAAUGGUGGAGUUGGAAAGUCAAAUAUAAAGUGUCAAAAACUACAGUUAUAAAUUUAGUUUCAGAUAUUUAAUCCUGUAUUUGAGAAAAAUGAGUAUCUAAGUAAAUUAUUGGUUUAAUAAUUAUUACUAAAUCACUAACCUCUGAGAGGUGAACAGGUACAUGUAAAUAGAAGGAAUAGUCAAUUCAAAAAUUGAUGAUGUGUCAUGAAUGUAUUCUAAUGGAAACAAAUGUGACAUUAAAAUAUUUAUUUAAUGCUU